AUGGGUGGUUUGGGAGCCCUGAAAAGCUUCACACUCUCACAAACCAUUUAUGUAGAAGAAGCAGGCAGGUUUAGUGAUGGUGUUGUUCUUAGAGCUUCUAAUCUUUGGAAACUAUUAGAUACAGAUAAACUUCAUAUCCCAAAACCAACACCAAUGCCUAAUGAUGCUUUUGAUUUUUCUUUUUAUAUGGUAGGGGAUGAAGCAUUUCCUCUCAAAAUAAAACACAUGCGGCCGUAUCCUAAGCGAGUUCUCGAUAAUGAAAAACGAAUAUUCAACUAUAGAAUGUCACGUGGACGAAAAAGCGUCGAAUACUCCUUUGGAAUGUUAGCGUCAAAAUUUGAAAUAUUUCAGAGACCAAUAAUGUGCCACGAUGAUACUUCAAUCAAAGUUAUAAAAGCAGCAUGUAUUCUACACAAUUUUAUUAAAAUGGUCGAGGGUCAUUUUUCAGUUCCCCAAAUCAGUAAAAAUCAGGAAAAUCAAUUUACAAAUCGAGAGAUAUCACAUUCAACAUCAUAA